AUGGUUGACACUGUUGAAGUGAUGGGGGAGGUGAUGGUGGAGUAUUUUACAAACCUCUUUACGGCUACAGAUUGUGAUAUGGAGGAGGUUGUGAGCUGCAUAAAUUCACGGAUAGGCCACGGGGUGAAUGAUAGGCUAUUACGGGUGGUAAGCCAGGAGGAGGUGCGUUGUUCUGUGUUUCAAAUGCAUCCGGACAAAUCUCCGGGGCCUGAUGGGCUGGGACCGGGGUUUUAUCAGCAUUUUUGGGACAUACUAGGUGGGGAUGUAACGUUAUUCUGCAGGGACUUUAUCCAGACAGCGACGUUGCCCACUAAAGCAAAUGAUACAUUUAUAGUCCUAGUCCCUAAGAAGCCAAACCCAGACUCAAUGAAGGAUUUGAGGCCGAUAGCACUUUGUAAUGUGCUAUAUAAGAUAGCAGCGAAGGUAUGUGCUAAUCAGAUGAAGUCGGUAUUAGAGGGGCUUAUCAAUACGGCACAGAGUGCGUUUAUUCCGGGACGCUUGAUAACAGAUAACAUCAUGGUUGCAUAUGAGGCACAUCAUUAUUUGAAGAGAAAGUCCCAGGGAAGGCAGGGUGUGGCAGCUUUAAAGGUUGAUAUGAGUAAAGCGUACGACCGGGUGGAGUGGUGCUUUUUACGACGUGUGAUGUUGAAGAUGGGUUUUGACCCGAAAUGGGUUGAGAUUAUUGCAGAAACGGUGCGUUCGGCGAAGUAUCAUGUGUUACACGACCAGAAUCAGUUUGGUCCAAUAAUCCCGGGACGUGGUUUGCGCCAAGGUGACCCGCUAUCUCCUUAUCUCUUCCUUUUUAUCACGGAAGGACUGAGUGCUUUGUUAGAGCGUCAGGUAGCUCGUGGACUGCUGCAUGGUCUGCAUGUAGCGCGGGGGGCACCUCCAGUUUCGCACCUCCUGUUCGCAGAUGAUUGUUUCCUUUUCUUCCGUGCGUCUCUGGGUGAGUGUGAGACGAUGAAAUGGGUUUUGGACACAUAUGCAAAGGCAUCUGGGCAGCUAGUUAAUUAUGACAAGUCGAUGGUGUGCUUUAGUACUAAUACGGUGCAUGAGGAGCGUAUGAAUGUUACAGAUAUUCUAGGGGUUCGUGAAGGGGAUACGUCGGAGAAGUAUUUAGGGCUGCCAUCAUUAGUUGGGAGGAAGAAGAGUGAGAUUCUGGGUUAUUUGAAGGGGAAAAUAUUGAGUAGAAUAAGGAGUUGGAAUGCUCGGUUUCUCUCUAGAGCUGGGAGGGAGGUCCUAUUAAAAAGUGUAAUACAUGCGUUGCCUUCUUAUGCUAUGAUGGUGUUCUUGUUACCUCUUGGCCUUUGCAGGGAAAUACAAACGCUGAUGAAUGAGUAUUGGUGGACUGGUACCAUUGGGAAUGGCAAGGGGAUUAGAUGGUGGAGUUGGGAGGGGUUGUGUACACCGAAACGUAGUGGGGGUAUGGGCUUUCGGAAGUUGCAUGAGAUGAACAAGGCUUUACUUGGUAAACAGGCGUGGCGGCUAUUAACGCUACCAAAUUCUUUGAUGUCCCGAGUGUAUAAGGCUCGGUAUUUCCCAACCUGUUCCUACUUUGAUGCAAAGUUGGGAAGUAAUCCAUCCUAUAUCUGGAGGGGGUUAAUGGAAGUUCAGGAUCUGCUACGUGGUGGGAGUAGACGCCACAUUGGAGAUGGAAAAACAACAAGAAUCGGGAUUGAUCCUUGGUUGCCGGAUUCUGCCACCCUGUUUGUUUUAACGGGAUUGAAUGAGACUAUAGCUGUUGCCCCGGUAUCUUCUCUUUUUGUUGUGAACAGAACUGAAUGGGACUGCGAAUGUUUGGGGGAUAUCUUUGAGCAGCGGGACGUGCGUCUUAUUAUGAGCAUCCCGUUGAGUAAGAGGCUGCCACCGGAUUCUUGGUUUUGGGCUGCCGAGACCAAGGGAAAGUAUACGGUCAAGUCUGCGUACAGAAUGCUAAUUGGGGAGGUGGCGGAUACUAGGCCAUGGGUGAGAAUAUGGGAGCUUGAGGUACCUCCUAAGGAGGAGUCUGCAUUACAUUUGUUUGCAUCUUGUGCUGAAGUUAGGAAGAUUUGGUCCCUAUUGAACCUCCAGGUGUCGGCCCAAACGCAUGUCGUAAUGAUGCUGUGUGGAAUAAUGUGCCUUAUUCAAUGGAUGGAGUGUUACGUUCUGCCCUGUGCUAUUGGAAUAACUGGAGGAGUAUUACUCAGGGGGUGUUGCUGCGCCUAUUGCCGAGGAGCGUUGGACACCCCCGGGGCAUGGGAACUAAAACUGAAUACAGAUGUGGCAAUGGAUGCUGGCAAUGGGGUGAUGGGAAUGGGGUGGAUUGUGCGUGAUGAGCAUGGGGAGUUUGUAGCGGCAAAAUGUGUUACUUACCCGGGUUUAUAUGGAGUGAAGGAGGCGGAAGCUGUAGGAGUACGUGAAACACUCAGCUGGGUGAAAGGUUUGGGUUUCGGUGUUAUAGAUGUGGAAACUGAUUCACAGCUUGUUUUUCAUGCUUUAACUUUAAAUACUUAUUGUUCGUCCUUUGGUUUAGUAGUAGAUGAUGUAAAGGAGGUUGCAUCUCAGAUUCCGGAUGUGAUCUUCUACUUUGCUAGGCGGUCUGCGAACCGUGCUACCCAUGCUCUUGCUAGGGAAGCCGUUUCUUUGUCAGGUUGCGGGGAGUGGUAUCAUGAACCACCCCAGUUUCUUGUGGACAUUCUCAGUUCUGAUUUAAUGCAUUAA